AUGGUAGUCGGAUCGUUGCACACCCAGAGGGUCAUAGCAGCCGUUGCUGCAACUCUAAUAGCGCUCGCAAGUGGGACAAAUUAUGCAUACUCGGCAUGGGCGCCCCAAUUCGCUGAACGGAUGGUGUUGUCCUCGAAGCAGAUUAACAUGAUUGGCAUGGCGGGGAAUAUUGGGUUAUAUUGCUCGGGAUUUUUUACAGGAUAUCUGACUGACACAAGAGGCCCUGGACCUGCUUUGUUACUGGGUGCUGUGUCGCUCUUUUGGGGAUAUUAUCCUCUAUACCUUGCAUACAAGCAUGGACAAGGCUUCCUCUCUUUUAGUUCAUUAUGUUUCUUUUCGUGGGUGACGGGCCUCGGAGGAUCUGCCGCAAACUCUGCAGCCAUCAAGGCGGCAGCGAGCAACUUCCCCGAAAAAAGCGGUACAGCUACGGCUUUCCCGCUUGCUGCUUUCGGACUUAGUGCCUUUUUCUUUUCGAGCAUGGCAGCAUUCUUUUACCACGGCCAAGUUCAGCCUUUUCUUCUGAUGUUGGCUGUGGGAACGUCGCUGAUGGUCGUGGUUUUCGGAGUCUUUCUUCGAAUCCUGCCUCCAGAACAGCCUUAUACUGCUAUACCAGAACGUGAUGACGAGCAUCGUCAUCAGUUUACAUAUGAGCGACCUGAAGAAACAGGUAGGCAAAGAACGAAUUCCGCAUCCUCAUCACUCUUACCUUCAUCAUCAACACAGCCCCAUCUGUACAAUACGGCCAACGCUGCACAGUCCAAUUCCAGUGGAACAGCUAAGCCGGAGCUUGAAGAGACAAGAGAUGCGGAAGUCUCUUCUCUGCUUUCCAAGCCAGAGUCCCUACCAGAUUCCCCGAACAAUGACGGACAUGGCAUACGGUCUCAUCAGAGUGAAGAUGACGAAGACAGCUCACACUAUUCAGAUAUUCGAGGAUUGGCUCUUUUUAGGAAACGCGAGUUCUGGCAGCAAUUCAUUUUGAUGGCGCUGUUGUCGGGUAUUGGUUUGAUGACGAUCAACAAUAUUGGCAAUGAUACCAAAGCGUUAUGGAGAUAUUAUGACGACAGUGCAGAUUCCAAUUUCAUUCAGCACCGUCAAGUGAUGCAUGUCUCGAUCCUAUCGUUAUGCAGCUUCCUCGGCAGAUUGCUGAGUGGGGUUGGCUCCGACUUUCUAGUUCACAAACUCUACAUGUCUCGAUUCUGGUGCAUCUUCCUAUCCUCAGUCGUCUUUACCCUGACUCAGAUCGCCGGAUCAUCCAUCAGCAAUCCAAACCACCUCUACCUCCUCUCAUCCUUUACAGGUCUGGCCUACGGCUUCCUCUUCGGCGUCUUCCCGUCAGUCGUAGCACACACAUUCGGCAUUGCCGGCUUGAGUCAGAACUGGGGAGUGAUCAGUCUGGCGCCGGUACUUAGCGGAAACAUUUUCAAUCUGCUUUAUGGCACAAUCUUUGAUCACCACAGUAUCAUUGGACCGCAGGGACAGCGGGACUGUACUGAGGGACUACAGUGCUAUCAAGCCGCGUAUUGGUUGACGUUCUUCAGUGGUCUCGGCGGAAUGGUAGUCUCUCUGUAUUGUAUCUGGCAAGAAAGACAGAUCCAUGGCCCGCGGGGUCGCAAAGGUGAAGGCCAUGACAGACUGGCUUGA